AUGCACGCUGCAACAAUAUUCGACAUUUACGAACGGCCAAAGUACGCCGUCAUACCCCGGGAACGGGAUCCGUACGAACAGAUUCUGAACAAUCUGACAGCGAACGGUCACCACCGUCCGGCGGAAGAACGACCGGAGUUAGUGGAGCCGGUUUACGAGCACACGAACUACACGACCGUUGAGCCGGAAACGUACGUCGAUACGGACAAGUACCGUGCGGGGCCACCGAUGUUGAUCAACAAGAUUGUAUCACCAGGGCCAAACACUGGCAAACCCGGCAUUGACUAUCCGGUCCUUGCAGAGAUACCUGAAACAAGCUUCAAGUGCAAGGAUCAACGGUACAAGGGAUUCUUCGGUGAUCCGGAAACAAACUGUCAGGUGUGGCACUAUUGCGAUCUUAACGAUGGCAAAGCAUCCUUCCUGUGUCCGAAUGGGACCAUCUUCAGUCAGGUUGCUCUGACGUGUGAUUGGUGGUUCAAUGUGAAAUGCUCCACUACUGCGCAACUGUACGUUCUGAAUGAACGGCUGUACAAGUACAUUCUACCCUUCACACCCAAGUUCCCCGAAGAUUACAGUGGGCCCCUGGUUGAUAAGUACGCUUAA